CCACCCUCUCAGAUGAUAUUUCUUGAGCUAGAGCCGGACCAGUCUUAAAUGAUCUGGUUUGGAAUAGAAACAGUAACAAGCCUCAGAUCUGUACAACAUUUUGAGGGAAGGAGGUUGCAAACUUAGGAUAAAUCAUGAACCCUAAAACAAGAGUUGUUGUCAUCAUCACAUUCUCAUUCAUACUGUCCUUUUGUGCUUAUAAAUACACAGACAAGUGGACGGACUUCAAACCUUACCUACCCAAUAUUUGCAAGACCUUUAACUCUAGGUUGGUUGAAAACUCAACCUCAAAUCCAGAUCCUCAGAACCAUCCAUUUCCAUUCAGGAUAAGUGAGAAACUAUCAUUGCAGGACUGGUUUCUUCCCAGCAAUAAAGUCGAGUUGCGGACAAAGACCCCCUGGAAUGCCCCUAUUCUGUGGGAGGGGACUUUUAACAGGACCUAUUUGGAGGAGUUUUACAGGAACAAUCCCGUGACCAUCGGGCUGACUGUGUUUGCACUUGGGAAAUACCUGGAUAAGUAUUUGGAGAAGUUUCUGGCCUCUGCAGAUAAAUAUUUCAUGCCUGGCCACAAAGUUAUCUACUACGUGAUGGUGGAUGAUCACUCCAAACUCCCGUACAUUGAAUAUGGAACCAGCCGCUUCUUAAAAUCCCGGGUUGUUGCAAAAGAAGCCAGGUGGCAGGAUGUCAGCAUGAUGCGCAUGAAGACUCUGGCAGACAUGCUGCAGGACUUCAUCAAGGACGAGGUAGACUAUGUGUUUUGCAUGGACGUGGACAUGGACUUCCGAGCCCCCUACGGGGUGGAGACACUGGGGGAACUCGUGGCCCAGGCCCAAGCCUGGUUCAUGAAUUUACCCAAUACUGAGUUUACCUACGAGAGACGACCCGAAUCCAAAGCAUACAUUGAAAUGGGGCAGGGGGACUUCUACUACCACGCGGCUGUGUUUGGGGGAACCCCGUCACGGGUUUUGGAUCUAGUGAGAAGUUGCUAUGCUGGUAUAAUGGAAGACAAGAAAAAUAAAAUUGAGGCUGUAUGGCAUGAUGAAAGCCAUCUCAAUAAGUAUUUUUUGGAACACAAGCCCACCUUGAUUUUAUCACCAGAGUACUGCUGGGAUUAUAAGAUACAUACAGAAAUGGAACAUGUCAAGUUGGCUUGGGCUAUGAAGGACUAUGCAGCAGUAAGGGACAAUGUUUAGCCAGCAAGGAACCAGAACAGGGAACUGUUCAUAUCAUUGAGUUUUAAAAUCAGUUAUACCAAAGACACUUGCUGAUGAGCUGUUUGGAUUUCUCAUUGUAACAGGGUUUUGACACUUUUCUUUUCGCUGUCUGGACAUCAAACAAUGGAACAUAAUUUCUCUGUGGAAUACCCAAAUGCCUUAUAAAUUAGGAGCAACCUGUCUAAAUCUGAUGAGAAUAAACAUUUCUGUUAGAUUUAGUUCACAAUGACAUAUGAACACACAUCAGCAAAUGUAACUCCAAUUUGAAUGCUGGGUUGAAUUGGGAACAAUUGGAAAAGGGGUAGCUAUAAUCAUCUCUCCUGCAACUGAUUUCAAUGUCUUAGGUUUGAAAGGGAUAUUGGCACAUAACAUAGGUGGGUGGGUCCAUGGUUUAUUUGCACUAUUUUUUUAAGCACAUUUACAAUCCUUUUUUGUAAUGUAGGUUUGUCUUGAGAUACAGCAAACACAAGUCAAGAAUACAAGUCUGUUUUAGAGUUCUGGGUCUGUUUGAUAGACCUGGUUGCUUAAUAAACCUUUUAUUCUUGUUGUGAUCUUGUUGAGCAUACCAAAACCACUGGCGGGAGGGAGUGUGUCUCAAGGAUGCAGGAAAGCAAGGGGUAAUGUGUUUGAUUUGUGCUUGUUUGUAACUGGUAGGGCUUGUGAUGGACUGGCAGUCUGGUUUCCAUGUCCCGUUGAACACAGCGUAUGACAGAGUAGAGUUGUCCUGGAAUACCAAGGCGGAUUUGAGUGCUUUUAUGCUCUGUUAAAUAAAAGUGCAAUGUGAUUAGUGGAAUACAGUACAUUUAGAAUUGUAAUAUAUUUUUAUACUGGUUUGUUGUAAGGAUAUUGUAUGUUUUGAAUAGAAGAAUAAGUGGAUGUUGGAAAUACUGACAAAGGUUAAAGAAAGUUUUAUGAUUAUCUUACUUACGUGUCUCCCCACGUCACUUUGGUUCAUGGGUAACAAUCAGGUUAAUAAUAAAAUGGGGAUAGGUAAUAUAAGGAUGUUAUAUUUUUGGUAUUUAUUACAAAAUGUGAUUUCUGUGGAAUAUAUAUAUAUAUAUGAUUAUGCCUUAUGAGAUGAAUAAAUAAAUAAAGAUCCUUGGCGAGGGAAUGUGACAAUAA